AUGUCUAAAAAACGACUUGACUUGGCAUCAAAUUGCAUUGAUUCAGAUGUUGCACGACCUUUAGUUGAUGAUUUUAUUGAUUAUCUAUCACUUGAACAAUUAAAUCUUGGUUAUAUGAAAGCAACGAUCUUGCUUGGUGGUUUGGAUAAUGUCAUCGAAGAUGAGGCUGCAGCAGAAAUUAGUCGAUUGAUCUUACAUUUAAUGUCUUACAAUUCGGGCAAGUAUAGACAUAAUGAAAAAACAAAAGAAGAAAACAAUAAAAUGAUUGAACAAAAUAAAAUCGAAUGGGACAUACAAGUGCUUAGCAAUGGUAUUGCUGAUUCCUCACCAUCAUCAAAAUCCGAAUAUUUACAAAAGGUCAACAAUUGA